ACAUCUUCAAAUCGUUACAUCAAAUUUUCUACAUAAAAAAAUAUUGAAGGCAAAAUUAUUACUUUGCAAAUAUUAAAAAAAAAAAAACAGAAGAGGGAAUUUAGGGAAAUAUGGGUUACACUGAGAAGCAGGAAGCUUUAGUUAAUGGUUCAUGGGAAUCAUUCAAACAAAACCUUUCUGUUUAUAGUGUUUUGUUCUACACUAUUAUACUAGAGAAAAAACCUGCAGCAAAAGACAUGUUCUCUUUUCUUAAGGACUCAGCUGGAGUACAUGAUAGUCCUAAACUUCAAAGCCAUGCUGCAAAAGUUUUUGAAAUGGUGCGCGACUCAGCUUAUCAACUCCGAACAAAAGGAGAAGUCGUUUUGGGAGAUGCAACAUUGUGUUCUAUCCAUAUUCAAAAGGGAGUCAUUGAUCCUCAUUUUGAGGUGGUUAAAGAAGCUUUGUUGAAAACAAUAAAGCAAGCAUCAGGAGAUAAAUGGAGCGAAGAAUUAAGCACUGCUUGGGAAGUUGCCUAUGAUGCAUUAGCAACAGCAAUUAAAAAGGAAAGAAAUCGCAGGUUUAAUGCUAUUGGAGGAGCUUGGGAGCUACUAUUUGGACUUAGUUUUUAUGUUAUAUUUUUUAAUUAAGAUGAGAUUGUUUACAUGUAACUCUAUCUUUGUAUUGUUUUAAUUUCCUUGUACUUAAGUUAUGGUGUGGCUUUAGCCAAGACAUUCCAGACACCAUAUUUGAAGUGUCGUUAUGAAACAUUGUUAUAUAAUUAUUCUAAAUGCAUAAUAUAACAAUGUUACAGUUAGAGGAAGGAAUACUUAAUUUGGCAGA